AUGGCAGUGACCCUAGAAAGGCUUUAUGCUUGUAUGAAUAAGGCACUGGAUAGUGCCUGUCCAUUGCGUAAAGCACCAAGACAUAAGCCACAUAGAUGGUGGAAUGAAAAAUUACAACAACUUAAAGUGAAACUGACAGCCCUGGGGGAUAAGCGUCGCUACUCUGCUCAGCGUAUGACAGCAUAUAGAGAAGCCCGUAGUGACUUUGUGAAGGAACGAAAGGCAGCAAGGGAAAAGUCUUGGAGGGA